GUGACGGAGGGUUUUAGUUGACAGCCGCCGUUAACAUUUGAAAUGUAAAAAGCUUUCCGCCAUUAACAUUCAACAUCAAAUUGCAUCAUCCUCUCUUCCAUUUUGAUGAACAUGGAUGAUUCUUCCACUUGCCCCUUCUGUCUUCUAACCCUUCCAUCCUCUCAACUCCAAUGGCAUGCCAAUUCCCACUUUGAAGACGAGGAUUUUCAUUCUCCUCCGAGUAAAAAAGAAGUUAGUGAAUUACCUUUUGAUAGAACUUUUGGAGAUAGUAGUAAUUGGCAUGGUGGUGAUGGUGGCGGGAUUGGUAGAGACAACGGGGUAUGGACGAUGGAUGAAAAGAUUUCUCACUUGGUUGAUUUACAGAUAAAGGGCGAGUUUCACAAUGUGAAUGGUGGUUUGAUGAACUUGUUGAGGAACUGUUUGGAAUCUGAAGGUGGAAAUUCGAGAAGCAUUUUGUCAGGUUAUGUUGAUCAUUUCCAAAGCCUUCAGUCGGAGGAUGUUGGAUGGGGUUGCGGUUGGCGUAACAUUCAAAUGCUUAGCUCACAUUUAUUGGCUGAAAAGCGAGAAGCGAAAGAUGUGUUGUUUGGUUGUUCAGGGUUUGUUCCUGAUAUUCCGUCGCUCCAAAGAUGGGUUGAGAUUGCUUGGGAAAGAGGUUUUGAUGAACCUGGCUCUCAACAAUACAAUCAUUCUAUCUAUGGUUCUAAAAAAUGGAUAGGAGCUACUGAAUGUGCUGCACUUUUGCGUUCUUUUGGUCUCCGAGCAAGGAUGGUUGACUUUGGUCCUAAGGAAUCUGAAUCUCUUUAUCUAUCUGUCCCUGGUUCAAGUGUUGGUGAACCCGAGCUAGUGAUAGUUGGUGACAGAAGGAAGAGGAAAGCACCUAAUUUUUGUGGACCAAUGGAUAGAUAUCUGUCUCGUUGUGGUGGUGGUGUUUCUCAAACAAGUUGUGGCACAAAUGCAGAGUCUUGUUCUUCUCUUAAUGUCACUAAUGAUAAAGAAAGAGGUGAUGAAUGUGCGAACAAAAGUGGUGCAAAACAAAAUAAAGCCCAUCAAGUUCUGAUGGACUUUGUGUGGAAUUAUUUUUCUAAUAAAAACUCAAUUCAUUUUGGUUAUAAGCGUGUUGUUUUUAGCGAGAAAACGCCCUUGUAUUUUCAACAUGAUGGACACUCAAGAACAAUAGUUGGAAUCCAAGUCAGACAUCAACAAAAUGGAAUUCUGCAUUAUAAUCUCCUAGUUCUUGAUCCUGGUCAUAGAACCGCUGCUAUAGAAAGAUCACUAAGGGAGAAAGAUGGAUGGCAGAGAUUCAUAAAAAGAGGAGUGCACACACUUAGGAAGCAACAAUACCAGCUGUGUUAUGUUGAUCCUGGAAUUGCCAGUGAGGAGGAGAUGAAAAAACUCAAGACAAUGGAUAGUGUCUUCAUUCAACUUUAAUCAAAGGUUUUUGCUGCAUCAAAGUACCAUUAUAUGAAGCUUAGUUAUGAAACAUUUCUGAAGGGAGAUAAUGAUCGGAUCCAAUUCAGUAUUCAUACUUCAUACAACUUGUAUGGGAUGGAAGGUAUCUGCAAAUUGCACAAAUAAUGAGACCAUAGGGGCCGGGGUUUAUGGUUCUUCAUUUUCUGUAACAUUUUUGCUGUCAAUUGGCAUCAGUUUUGGCCUGUUUCUAUUCUCAUCAAAAUGGUAAUCUCUUCAAAUGAUUUCCAGGCUGUUUCCUUGAUGUGAUUUAGCUACCGCAAUUGUGUCGAAAAAUCAAUGUAAUUGAUGAUUUUUUAUUUUAGAGUCAAUUAACUCAUUGGAAAGACUUAGCUGAGUGUUUUGUGAGUAUAAUAAUCUCUUAGUUAUCAUUUUAUCAUAAUGUUUUUAAUUAAUAUAAAAAUAAGAGUAAGCCUCAA